AACCUGAGGAGUGUUUUUGUUUUUGGCGACGCGAUUGACGGAUCACGGGAUCAGGCAUAUGAGCUUUUUCCGCGUUCGGCGUCUGCUGGCCUAAAACAGCCACGGAAACGACGUCCACACGUUCCGUUGCCAACACCGUCCUUCUCGCGCCCCGUCCCGCCCCGUGCCGUGACCGUCUCCUCUAUAUCUCAAAGUCGCCCAGUUUGGGACAAGCGAGGCGACACCCGCCUGUUCGUCGGAUUGCGGCCGAGGAGGAUUAGGACGAAGACUGAUGACGUCGCUGCGACCGUUCGACCCCUCGCUCGCCGUGGCGGCGGCCUCCUCGAGGCCGUGGCGCGGGCUCGGCGGAGCCUUUGCUGCAGCCGUUGUACGGCGCCGCGGCCGGGUCGCUGCCCCGUGGAGACGCGCGUUCUCAUGCCGUGCGGGAUCCGCCGCUUCGGCUACAAAGAGAACAAAGGAGAAAAAACAAACGGAUCCUUUAAAGCAGGAUAUAGUGCGUCUUCAUGUUCGUCUGGAUCACCAGGUUAUGUUUGGUGAGCAUGUUGGCAUUAUUGGUUCGACAAAAGAGCUUGGCUCAUGGAAGAGUCAGGUUGAUAUGGAUUGGACACCAAAUGGUUGGGUCUGCCAGCUUGAUGUCCCUGGGGAAGCACUUCUGGAGUUCAAGUUUGUGAUAAUUUUGAAUAAAGGCAAGGACAAAAUAUGGGAGGAUGGUGAUAACCGUGUAGUUAAUUUGCCAAAAAAUGGUUCAUUUGAUAUGCCAUGCCACUGGAAUAAGACAAAAGAGCCUUUAGAUCUUUUAGGAUCAUCAGAGAUUAAGUUGUCUGGAGAUACUGAGGUGAUAGGUGAAGAUGCUAAACUAUCUGAAAAUAUUGCUCUAGAAGAGAUGGGGAGUAUCUGCAACGCUGGGGUUGGCGAUCUGACACCAAAACACGAGUCAAGCACACUUGGUGGCCAAUGGCAAGGUAGUGAUACAGUUUUCAUGCGGUCUAAUGAGCAUCACAAUACUGAGAAUUGUAGGAAGUGGGACAUGACUGGGCUUGAUGCAGUAUCGCUGAAAUUGGUGGAGGGUGAUAAAGCAUCAAGAAACUGGUGGCGGAAGUUGGAGCUUGUCCGUGUGCUCUUGUCUGAAUAUGUUCAAGAUCAGAGUCACUUGGAGGCUCUUACAUAUUCUGCUAUAUAUCUAAAGUGGAUAUAUACUGGUCAAAUACCAUGCUUUGAGGAUGGUGGUCACCAUCGACCCAAUAAACAUGCUGAGAUAUCUAGGCAAAUUUUUGGUGAAAUUGAAAGGAUAUACUAUGGAAAAAACACAUCGUCUCAGGAUUUGCUUGUGAUACGCAAGAUUCAUCCUUGUUUACCUUCAUUUAAAUCAGAAUUUACUGCCUCCGUUCCUCUAACACGAAUUCGUGAUAUUGCUCAUCGUAAUGACAUACCACAUGAUCUCAAGCAAGAAAUCAAGCAUACUAUACAAAACAAGCUUCACCGGAAUGCUGGCCCUGAGGAUCUUAUUGCUACUGAAGCCAUGCUUGCUAGGAUUACUAAGACUCCUGGAGAGUACAAUGAAGCUUUUGUUGAACAAUUCAAGAUAUUUUAUAGUGAACUAAAAGAUUUCUUUAAUGCUGGCAGUCUACUGGAGCAACUGGAAUCUAUUGAGCAAUCUUUGAAUGAGUCUGGCUUAGAAGCUCUCUCAUCCUUUCUGAAAACCAAAAAGAAUUUAGACCAACUGGAAGAUGCAAAAGAUUUGGAUGAAAAUGGCGGCGUUCACGUUUUGCUGAAGACCUUGCUGUCAUUAUCUUAUCUAAGAUCAAUUCUAAUGAAGGGUCUGGAAAGUGGCCUUAGAAAUGAUGCUCCAGAUAGUGCUAUUGCAAUGCGACAAAAGUGGCGUCUUUGUGAAAUUGGGCUUGAGGAUUAUUCGUUUGUAUUGUUAAGUAGAUACAUCAAUGCUCUUGAAGCUUUAGGUGGAUCAGCUUCACUUGCAGAGGGUCUUCCUACAAAUACAAGUCUAUGGGAUGAUGCCCUUGAUGCCCUUAUCAUUGGCAUAAAUCAAGUUUGCUUUUCAGGUUGGAAACCAAAUGAGUGUUCUGCAAUAGUGAAUGAGCUUCUUUCUUGGAAGCAGAAAGGUCUAUCUGAAUUUGAAGGCAAUGAGGAUGGAAAGUAUAUUUGGGCACUGAGACUCAAAGCCACUCUUGAUAGAACAGGAAGACUAACAGAAGAAUACUCUGAAGCACUUCUUUCAAUAUUCCCUGAAAAAGUCAAGGUUCUUGGGAAAGCCCUUGGAAUACCCGAGAACAGUGUCAGAACAUACACUGAGGCUGAAAUUCGUGCUAGUGUUAUUUUUCAGGUCUCGAAACUUUGCACUGUACUUUUAAAAGCAACUCGAGCAGUUCUUGGGUCGUCUGUGUGGGAUGUUCUUGUUCCUGGAGUGGCCCAUGGAGCCUUGAUACAGGUUGAAAGAAUAGCUCCUGGAUCAUUGCCGUCAUCCAUGAAAGAACCUGUCGUGCUAGUUGUAAACAAGGCAGAUGGAGAUGAAGAGGUCAAAGCUGCUGGGGAUAACAUAGUGGGCGUUGUUCUUCUACAAGAAUUACCUCACCUAUCACAUCUUGGUGUUAGAGCUCGUCAAGAGAAAGUUGUAUUUGUAACUUGUGAAGACGAUGACACGAUUAAAAACAUGAGGUUACUUGAGGGAAAACAUGUCAGGUUGGGUGCAUCAUCCAAUAAUGUUGAUCUUUCAGUUGUAUCAAACAAAGAUGACUGUGCUGCCAUGUCUUCAGAGCCAUCCGCUGGAGGAGAUCUAUUUGCACAGCAAUUCUCACUAUUGACUACAGACAAGAAGUUAGAAUUGUCUGAGGGACCUUCACUUCAGCAAAAGAGCUAUACUUCCGUAGCAAAUGGUAUGUCUGGUGUGCUCGAGCUUUCAGAGGCAUCGAUUGAAUCAUCUGGUGCAAAAGCUGCUGCAUGUGGAACUCUUUCGGUUCUUUCCUCAAUGUCAAAUAAAGUUUACAAUGACCAAGGAACUCCAGCAGCAUUCAGAGUUCCUGCAGGUGCUGUGAUUCCUUUUGGAUCCAUGGAGGACGCCUUGAAGAAAAGUGGAUCACUCAAAUCCUACACUAAUCUUCUAGAGAGGAUCGAAACAGCUCAAAUUGAAAAUGGUGAACUUGAUAGCCUAUCCUCGAAGCUUCAAGCAACUGUUUCACUUCUUUCUCCAUCGGAAGAAAUCAUUGAAUCUUUGAAGAAAACAUUUGAUCAGAAUGUUCGACUAAUUGUGAGAUCUACUGCUAAUGUGGAGGAUUUGGCUGGAAUGUCUGCUGCUGGACUCUAUGAAUCAAUUCCUAAUGUCAGUCUCUCUGACCCUAGAUCCUUUGGAGCUGCGGUUGGACAGGUUUGGGCAUCAUUAUACACAAGGAGAGCAAUCCUUAGCCGUCGAGCAGCCGGUGUACCUCAGAGAGACGCAAAGAUGGCGGUUCUCGUGCAGGAAAUGCUGCAGCCAGAUCUCUCUUUUGUGCUUCAUACAAUUAGCCCAGUUGACCAUGAUCCCAAAUUAGUAGAGGCUGAGGUUGCCCCUGGUCUUGGAGAAACCCUCGCUUCUGGUACCCGUGGCACUCCAUGGAGACUCUCAUGUCACAAGCUUGAUGGCAAAGUCACAACUCUAGCUUUUGCGAAUUUCAGUGAAGAGCUUAUGGUGCUCAACUCUGGCCCUACCGAUGGUGAAAUGAGUCGUAGGACCGUAGACUACAGCAAGAAGCCGUUAUCUGUUGAUGCAACCUUUAGGGAGCAGUUUGGUCAGCGCCUUGCCGCCAUUGGACAGUAUCUGGAACAGAAGUUUGGAAGUGCCCAAGAUGUGGAAGGUUGCCUGGUUGGCCCCGAUAUAUUUAUAGUUCAGAGCAGGCCACAACCACAAUAAACAAAAAGUUUUGUGUGGUUACCUGGCUAGCUGAAUAAAAAUGGAUACUGGCUGAAGAAAUAUAUGGACUUCGUAGCACGCGUAGCAGUGAUCGAGUCUUUUUUAAUAUGCUAUCUCAGGUAAAAUAAUAAUUUAUUGGCACAGGUUUAGCCAUUCACUAACUUGUAUCAAUUUUGUGAACUAAAGAACUUACUAUUACAUGUGGGAGCCACAUGCUAUUCUAUUUCGAUGGUACCUAUUUUUUCGACUGUUUGAAAA